CCUGCCCAUAGGGUCAAGUAUCAGAGGAGUAGCCGUGUUAGUCUGAAUCUGCAAAAGCGGCAAGGAGUCCUGUUUCUUCUUCACCUUGAACAACGUGGCAAACUGCAGAGGGAGUCAGACUUCAUAGCCAGUGUAGACAGCAGCUGGAUCUCAUGGGGUGUGGGAGUCUUCAUUCUAAAGCCCCUGAAAUGGACCCUGUCGAGUGUGCUGGGUGACAGUAAAGUGCCUGAGGAGGAGGAAAUGCUGAUUUUUGUGGAGCUACUUCAGGAAAAGGCAGAGGAAGUGUAUCGCCUCUAUCAGAACUCUGCACUCUCUUCCCACCCGGUGGUUGCACUCUCAGAAUUGCGCUCACUCUGUGCCAACAUAUGUCCGGAUGAGAGGACAUUCUGUCUACUGCUGCUCCAGCUGCAGAAGGAAAAGAGGGUCACGGUCAUGGAGCAGAAUAGAGAGAAGAUAGUGAAGUUUGCCCGUGGUCUCCAUGCCAAAGUAUCUCCAGUGAAUGAUGUGGAUAUCGGGGUCUAUCAGCUGAUGCAGAGUGAGCAGCUGCUAUCACAGAAAGUGGAGUCCCUUUCGCAGGAAGCAGAGAGGUGUAAAGAAGAUGCCCGGACCGCUUGUAGAGCUGGCAAAAAGCAGUUGGCCCUGAGAUGUUUGAAGUCCAAGCGACGGACAGAGCGGCGGAUGGAAGAGCUCCUUUCCAAGCUGGAUGUGGUUCAGGGCAUCUUGGAUCGUAUAUAUGCGUCUCAGACAGAUCAGAUGGUGUUCAAUGCCUACCAGGCUGGAGUAGGAGCUCUGAAGCUGUCCAUGAAGGAUGUCACUGUGGAGAAGGCAGAAAACCUGGUGGAUCAGAUUCAGGAGCUUUGUGACACCCAGGGGGAUGUAGUUCAGGCUCUGGCAGGAAUGGCGAUCAAUGACUUGGAGGUUGACACUGAGGAGCUUGAGAGAGAACUGGAUAGUCUCCUCCAGGACUCCACUAAAGAGCCCAUGGACCUGCCUCCUGUUCCCCAGAAGCCUCUGCUUCCCAGCACCUUGGAUACUGAGCUUGAAGCACAGUUGGAGAAGGAGGAGGGAGAUUUGGCACACAAGACUGCUUCUACGUACUCUGAACCCAAAAGAGCUCUGGAACUGGGUCUCUAAUGGUGUCCGGCUGCUGUAAUCGAAAAGCUGUCUUAAGCUUGCUUAACUAGGGAGCAUAACUUUAAAAAGAAACUUUUGGAGUGUGGGCUAAUGCCCCCUCUUUACUGGCUAUCACUUUGCUAAGCAACAGGAUCUACUGCCAUGACAAUCCACCCUUUCCAGGACUGAUCCUAGCUGGUGUUGCUGACGUCUCUCUUUAGUGUCAAUAUCUACACUGGGCUCAAUUUGAUUUAUCCCAGCUCAUCUACGAUAUUCACUCUUGCCUAUGAGCUCUGUCUUCCCUGCAGAAUUACAACUCCUGGACUCUCCUACUUCAGAACUCUCCUUACUUCUGCUAUGGCCAGAGUUGAGGAGACCUUGAAACAUAGUAGGAUCAAAGCUGCUUGACCUCUGGCUGUUUGUGUGCUCGUGUAAAACAUUUGGCUCGUAACAUAGGUACUUGACUGUCACCUGUCUAAAGCAAGAUUACACACGUUGAUAGUACUGUCUAUCUUUCCUUGUUUGUAUUUGCACGAUUGUGGUCCACAAAACCAGUAACUGUUUUAUUGUAUGAGACUUGUUGCCACUAGGGGGAACCAAUUGCCAGCACAAAAUGAAAUUUAUUCCUCUUUUUGUAAUACACUAAGGCCUUGAAAAGGGACCUGCAAAGGAUUUUUAAAAUGGAGGUGUUCCUUUUGGUGCUGCGUGAUGAUAAAGGCCAGUAAUGUGUAUUACGUUUCUGCUUGGUUUUUACUUGUAGAAAUAACAGCUCACGUUUAGUCUUCCCUGCCUUUGUGAGAACUUUGAGAGUCACGGGGAUGGUUAGUGUGAGUUUUGCACCAUCACUGAAUAGAUGGGGAUUUUGUAUCCUCCUCCAAAGCGUUCAUUAGGCAGUGGCAUUAAUGGUAAAAUAGAGUAUUACACAGUAUAACAAUCCUCUCUUUUAGUUUGUCUUGAGAUGUCAUAAUUGCACUAGGCCACUAGUCCUAAAGAACUGAAUUUCUAAUGUAAAACCACAAGCAGAGGAAAUAACCUUUAGAGCUGCCUUUGCUCAUCAGGAAGAAGUGCAAUUUCUCUUUGCAGGUCCCUUUUUUUAAACUAUGCUUAUCAUGUAAAUGGAAGAGGGCAGGCCUGAUCUGUCUUGCCUCCAGUGGCAUCUAGUGCAGUUGGAUUAGCUGCUUUAGGCAAGGCACGUGCUUCCAACUGUGCUCUCGUGUGUAUCCUGGCUCCCGAUGGGAGCAGCAUGCCUGAGACGUGGAGAGGUGAGUACAAAGUGUGGCUGACCCAGGAAACGAAGGCUGUAGAGUGGACUAGGUGCGUGUACAUUUGUAACCGCUCUCCUGCUUGUCUCCCCGCAUCGAGUCAGUGUUUGUUUAUUGGGUAAGAACCCUGUUCUGCUACUUGUACCGAUGGCUCUCCAUUUCUCAAGCCAUGCGGAGGGCAGUUUGGAUGAAUAGUGAUGGAGUAAUGAAGAAGGGAUGAGGCAUUGCACCGAGACCAAUUUCAGGAGAGGGGGAAGAAAGCUACCAGCAAGGUAUCGACAGUCAGCUACAGCUCCUCUUCCACUCCCUCCCCCCAUAAACACCAGUACUAUUUCUGAGUGGAGACCCCUUCUCCUAUGGAGGGUACGGUGCAAGGGGUUAGCAAGCCUCUUGUGUUCCUUUCCUUUGUAAACCGAGGAAACUGAUUUUUCUACCUGCCAUGUAAUAAAGGGGAAGAAAAAGAAA